AUGAUGGCACUCCGUGAAUUCUUUGGCUCAAACCAGUUGUCGCAAUUUAUGCAACAGAUUAAUCCGCUGGAUGAAUUGACGCACAAACGCCGUAUUUCAGCCAUCGGUCCGGGUGGGCUUCAUCGAGACAGGGCAACAGCCGCCGUUCGGGAUGUACACUGGACGCACUACGGACGGGUCUGUCCCUUGGAAACGCCUGAAGGUCCCUCAAUCGGACUCAUCGUGUCUCUCGCUUGCUAUGGGCGGAUAAACCCGUACGGUUUCAUAGAGACACCCUAUCGUAAAAUAGAGAAUGGAUCCGUUUUAGGACCGGUCGAAUAUCUCACGGCAGAUAGCGAAGAUACCGCCUACAUCGCUGCGAAGAUAGCACCGAGCAAUGCCGCACAAACUAUAAAUGGUGGCACGGGUGCUGCGGGACAACUCCUGCCUGUCCGCAGUGGCGAAGAUGUGCUGUCUCUCCCGAUGGAAAAGGUGAACUAUAUUGGGAUCUCGCCGCAGCAGAUCGUUGGAAUCUCUGCCGCACUUGUUCCAUUUCUGGAACACGAGGAUGCGAACCGCGCAUUGAUGGGUGCGAACCACCAGCGCCAAGCAGUACCACUUAUCCAGCCAGAAGCACCGCUUGUCGGAACCGGAAUGGAAGGACCAGCCGCGCUGUAUUCGGGCGCGCUCAUCACUGCUAAGCGCGCGGGGACUGUCACAAGUGUCUCUGCUGACGAAAUCCUCAUAUACACAGGCGAGACCCUUCACCAUGAUGAAGGUGAAAACACAUUUAGCGAGAUGGGCUACGAUGUUUAUAAACUCCAAACUUUCAAGCGGAGUAACAGCGGUACCUGUAUCCAUCAACGUCCGAUCGUCGCAGUAGGUGAUAAGGUUGAAGCAGAUCAGGUCAUCGUUGAUGGCACCUCUACAGAGAAUGGGGAACUCGCCCUCGGUCGGAAUAUUCUGUGUGCUUACAUGCCGUGGGGUGGCCACAACUAUGAGGACUCUAUCCUUAUCAGUGAGACGCUCAUCAAAGAGGAUACCUUCACUUCUAUCCAUAUUGAGGAAUUUGAGGUAGAGGCGCGCGAAACGAAGGUAGGCCCGGAAGAAAUCACACGUGACAUCCCGAACGUUAGCGAACAGCGACUCGGUCAGCUUGACGAGGAAGGCAUCAUCCGUGUUGGUAGCGUUGUUAAAGCCGGUAGCAUCCUUGUCGGCAAGAUUACACCAAAAGGUGAAAGCGAAUAUGGACCGGAAGAGAAACUCCUACGAGCGAUCUUUGGUGAAAAGGUUAAAGAGGUACGGGAUGCCUCUACUUAUGUUCGUCCUGGAGUUGAAGGGGUCGUCAUUGAUGUCAAGGUAUUUUCACGUAAACCCGAUGGUGCGCAACGGCGCGGGAACUGGAUGCAAGAUGACUCCGGGUUGUCAAUGGCUGAUGGAUUACGGUAUGAAUCAAAACGUAAGGAGAUUGAGGAGACUUUGCGUCAGCAAACCGCUUCAAUCCGCCGUCGAAAAACCGAGGAGACUCGCAACGCGCUUAUCGGAUGUGAACUUGUUGAUCCACUUUAUGCGGUCGGUGAUUCCGAACCUUUUGCCAAUGCCGGUGAUAGCCUGACUGCCGAAGUUUUAGAUACCUAUAUCUCCGGUUUCACGGCAGAUGAGUAUCAUACGGUAAUAGAGGAUACCGCCGCUGAGGCCUUCAUUGCUGAUCCGUGCUAUAGGGUAACGAGUGUUCCUGAACCUGUUCCUACUAUCGCGAUGCCUACGCUUGAUGCCUUAGCCGAAGAAGCAGUGCCUACCGACAGCGACGCGGAUGAGAAUUUUGAAGAUGUAGGAAUAUCCUCAGUUUCACCUUCAGAAAUCGUCAACACAGUGCAAGCAUAUUUGAGCGAAGUUUGCAAGCCACUCUUGGGAAAUAGUGAGUUACAUUUGCAGGAAGAAGAACCUUUAAGUGCGCAAGCGGUCCAUGCUGAUGUUUCACUUCUCGGUUACGACGGCAGCGUGGUUGCUGUUGCUAUGCAUAAGAACGCUUACGCCGACGAUGAAGACUCCGAAGAUGAACCUGAUACCGAGCAACUCAAGGAGACGCUUACUGCAGCGAACGCUCGGUUCGCGGUAUUGGUGGCGGAAGGUGAUCCUGAACCUGAUAACUGGAAUUUCUAUGAGCUUGUGGACAACACAGUGUUGAACACCCAAGAACGCCCUGAAUUUGAACAAUCUGUUGUUGCUCAACUGGAGGAAGCCGGAUGUCCCAUCGUAGAAGGGGAAGAACUCACUGAAGCAGAAUGGACGGACUACAGUGAAAUCCAUCCAGAUUUGCAAACAGAACGAUUUUGGCAAAUUAAGGAAAUCUUUGACGCGGAGUGUCCGUUGAUCGAGGGGCAGGAGUUUUCCGAUGCUGACUAUCAGAAGGCGUGUAGCGAUUAUCCGGCACGUCUUGUGGAAGCAGGUCAACGACUGACUGAGGAAGAGCGGGAGGCACUCAAUAAGACUGCCAGAAACCUAAAAGCCGAAAGCACUUGGCACAUUACUGCUGUUUACGACCCGAGGUGCACACUAUCGGUUGGAGAAUAUGCUUCUGAUGCUGACUAUCAGAAAGCGCGUAAGGCACGUAGUUUGUCGUUCUCGGACAUCAACGUGACCAAUACCGAGACGAAAGAGCACAUUCAGCGCGUUGAGGAGAUGGCACAGGGCAGGAUCACCGCUUACACAGACGAGAAAGAGCAAGCACUCCAACAAUUGGAAAUGGGUGAUGAACUCAAGCCCGGUGUUAUCAAGCGUGUCAAAGUCUAUGUUGCCAGCAAACGUCCUAUUUCUAUUGGUGAUAAGAUGGCGGGUCGCUACGGUAACAAAGGUGUUGUUGCCAAAAUUUUGCCAGCUGAGGAUAUGCCCUAUCUUGCCAGCUCGGUACCGCCGGUGCAGUUAGUGGUUGAAUCCUUUGGGUGUACCUCUCGAUGA